GUUUGAGGUGAUCGGUACGUGGACCCCUGGAUGGAUCUAUACGUAGAGUCCUGAAUGUGUUGACUGAAGCUUUGCUGCUCACAGUGUCUCCAGAUUGUGUAAAUGGUGCUUUUAUUUUGCUCUGUACAGAACGACGAGCCCAACUCAGGAUCUUCUCCCAUCAUGCCUCGGGUGUCGUUUGCCACUCCCUCGCUGUGCCUCACCUUCCUCCCUCUGCUGGCCCGCGUCCUCCCCUCCCUCCCCCCCACCGUCCGAGACGUGGACGUCCCCCCGUUGUUUCGGGAGCGGUUCAUCCUGUCUGGGUACCGGCCCGUGGGCCUCUCGUGGCGCUCGUACGUCCUCAGCCUCUUCCAGAUCCACAACGAGACCCUGAACGUAUGGAGCCACCUGCUGGCCGCCGUCUGCGUGGUGACGAGGUUCCUGGCGUUCACUGUCCUGCAGGGAGGGGGCAUUCUGGGUGUUCGGCUGCAGGGUCCUGAGGGUCAGGGGUUUUCUGUGGACGUCUCCUCGCUGCCUCUGGUCCUCUACGUUGUCUCUGCUGUCACAUACCUGAGCUGCAGUGCUGCGGCCCACCUGCUGCAGUCCCACUCGGAGGAGGCGCAUUACUCGCUGUUCUUCCUGGACUACGUGGGCGUGGCCGUCUACCAGUACGGCUGCGCUCUGGCUCUGUGCCUGUACAGCUCCGACGCCGCCUGGACACAAAGCAUGCUGGGACAGAUCUUCCUCCCGGCCGCCGCCCUCCUUGCCUGGUUCUCCUGCGCCGCCUGCUGUUACGCCAAGCUUUGUUUCCGGCGGCCGUACCCGCUGCACAGGAAGCUCUGCCAGGUGGUGCCGAUGGGCGUGGCCUACCUGCUGGACAUCAGCCCCAUCGCCCACCGUCUGUCCACCUGCAGCUGGACCAGCAACUCCGCACUGCCGCUGCACUUCCUGCAGGUGGUGCUGUUUCUGCUGUCAGCUUUCUUCUUCUCCUGUCCCAUACCUGAGCGCUUCUCCCCGGGCAGCUUCGACCUCUUUGGCCACGCCCACCAGCUCUUCCACGUCCUGCUGUCCUUCUGCACGCUCGCCCAGCAGGAGGCGCUGUUCCAGGACUUCCUGUGGAGGCGGCCGGCGCUGGUCAGGGAGUUCGGAGAGGAGCGCCUCCUGCUGGCCUGCGCCUCCUUCCCCUGCCUGACGCUCUGCUGCACGAUGACGGCGCUCGCCAUGAGGAGGCGGGCUCGAGCUCAGCUGCUCAAAGAGCAAACAUAGAAGAAGAAGAAACGAAGAAGAAGAAGAAGAAGGGAGACAUUUCUGUAGACAAACUUAACUUUUCAUUAAUGUGUCUGUAACUUUCGGCUCCUUCUCCUCCUCCUCCUCAUCAUCAUCAUCAUCAUCAUCAUCAUCAUCAUUGUGUUCCUGCUCUGAUCCACUGGAUUUACUGGUUUCUGCAACAGACAGACAGACAGACACACAGACAGACACACAGACAUUAAAAUGAAGCUGAUGUUUGAACAAACUAUAAUGAUUCUACAGAUAAUGUGUGUAUUUUUGUUUAAUGAGGGAAUGCUACAGGUUCUAUCUUUAACAGCUGCGAGUACAAACACAACAUCUGCACAUAAAACUGAAUUAAACUUAUUUAAACUGCGUUGUAGUUGUUGUUCUAGUAGUUGUUGUUGUAGUUGUUAUCUCUCUCUCCCAGCUCUCUGCAGGCCUCGCUCUGCCAGUCAAGCAUUAAGUGUCGGUUGCAGUGUUUGGGUGGAGCCGCUGAUAAUGUUCCAGUUUCAGUUUGAUCUGGGCUUUAAUGAGCUUAUCGGUUGCAGCUGCCUGUGGUCGAAGGAACGGCCAUAAAAACAAAACACACUCCCUUUGUGUGUUUUAUUAUUAGUCCUGGCAGAGUGGGCUCAAUGCAGGGCCGUAAACCGCUGCCACAUUCUGCACCUUCAUUUCUAGAGAAAGAGUCAAAAAACAAGGAGAAACGUGUCCGAUAUUAUUGUGUCAUACAACAGACAGCCGCCAUAUUGAUUAGGUUACAGCCACAAUACAGUAUCAGAGUGUAAACUGUUUGUCCUGAGGGGGGCGCUAGAGGAAAGGGGGGGGCAGCUUUAUCAAACUUAGUGCAGCUCAAAGUUCUUUAAUGACCGAAGAAUCUGAGCAAUAAAACAACAGAGAUCAAUGCAACCAGAGCUGGAGCUGGUAGAGAUAACAUGAAAACAAUAACUAAUACAAUUAAACAGAUAUAAUUAUCUAUAAACUAUAUUUUUAAUGUUUAAUUAAAGAUAUUUACAGUGUCAACCAAUGAUCUAUAAAUCCAGGUGAACUCUGCUAUAAUACAAUAAUCAGACUUACAUUUACAGCAGAGUGCUGUUAUUAUUGGAUUGUUAUUAUUUUAAUGUGAAUGUUAAAAGUUAUAGAAGUGUAAUAAAAGUCAUUAUCUGUGA